UUUUUGUGAUACUAACAUUUUCAUUAACGCACAAAUCGCGUGAAUUUUUAUUCAACACGUGACAAAGAUGGAGCAGCGACGAAAUCUUUGUUAAAAUUUCAUCUCAAUUGAUAUCUUUGAGAGAAGGAAAGCUUGUCCUUGAGAACGAUUUCGAAGGCCUAUCGACGAGCGAAGGACGUUGUGAUGUCGUCACCUCGAAACGAGAUUGAUCCUUAGGAUUCAAGUAUUCAAUAAGAAGCGAAUAAAAUGCCAAUUCGAUCGGAAGAGUUUAUAAAUCCAAUCGUACGAUCAUGCUCGUGAAAGUCGCGUGAUAAUCAUAAAAUUAUAGAAUAUAUGCUCUGAGUAAAUUCAACAGGCUGGAUAAAAGAAAGUUUCAAAUAUAAUGAAAGGCAAAAGUUAAAUGAACAUUUCACGAUAGUGAAAUAAAUUAUUUUAGAAAUAUGCUGACUUAUUUUCACUUAAACAUACUACUUUCAUAUAUUAUACAUACAAGAUAGAUUUUAAUUAGCGGUAGAGCAAUUGCAAUUCCAAUUUGAUACGUACGGAAUUGGAUGAUGUUGAUUUCAGUAACCGUAAUUUCUUCCGGCUGAUCGUACGUGAAUCUAAAAAUAUAUCAUUUUGGCAUCACUUUGUCACGAAAUACUACUUCGCGUGUAGCACGGUAUCUACAUGUGAUCCCGCUGUGGCUCGUUAAAAACUUCAAGGGUAUAUCGUUAUUCGCUCGGUCAUGAUAAUUCUUAUAUCUUAUCAAUGUUGUUCACUUUUAUCAUUUCAUUUUAUUCUCUUAUCCAUUUAUUUUAUUCUUCUCGUAAUAACUGUUAGACAAAUAAAUACUGACUUUACCUAUACACGUUUCAUCAAAAAUAUUUUAAAAUAUUCUGUGCGUAUAGAGUGUUGCAAAGAGAGUUUCUAUUCGUACUACUUUUCUUAUCAACCGGUGCAAGAUAUGGCCGAUCAAAUGUCGCAUUUAAAUGACAAUGAAAUCAGUGACGUCGUUUUUGACAUCGGUGGAUCAAAUAACUCGUCGUUGGACAAUACUCUACGUCUACAAAAUCGUAUCCUCAGGAGAACGAGGAGUCUAAACGCACCGAGUCCCGUUCAACACUUCGGGCGAUGUGGGGGUAUCAUGAAAAAUUCUGUAACGGUUAUGACCAUUCAGGACCCGGCCUCUCAGAGGCUGACGUGGUACAAGCCGCCGCUCUCUGUUCUGGUCAUCAAGAAGGUCCGUGACUCGUCAGUCUUGCCACCGUUUGUUCAGUUGGUCACAUGGUUGAUAGAGGAAAAGCGGAUGGUUGUCUUUGUGGAAGCCUCUGUUCUGGAGGACCCAGCUCUCGCCAGAGAUCCUAGGUUUCAAAGCGUUCGGGAUAGAUUACAAACCUUUAGGGAUGGCACAGAUGACUUGCAGGAUAAAAUUGAUUUUAUCGUCUGCUUGGGAGGCGACGGCACACUUCUUUAUGCCAGUCUGCUGUUCCAACAGUCAGUACCACCUGUAAUGGCAUUUCACCUUGGUUCCUUAGGAUUUCUCACACCCUUCGAAUUUGAUAAUUUUCAGGAGCAAGUGACCAAUGUUCUCGAAGGUAAUGCGGCCUUAACUUUAAGGAGUCGUCUUAGAUGCGUCAUUAUACGGAAGAAUGAAGACAGUCAGCUGGCAGAACCGCCGACGAGUCUCUUGGUAUUGAAUGAGGUUGUAGUGGAUCGAGGGCCCUCACCUUACCUUUCGAAUAUCGACCUAUUCAUUGACGGCAAGCACGUCACGAGCGUCCAGGGUGACGGCUUGAUCGUGAGCACGCCGACCGGGUCGACCGCUUAUGCAGUCGCCGCUGGGGCCAGUAUGAUUCAUCCUUCAGUUCCUGCCAUUAUGAUCACGCCUAUCUGCCCUCACUCUCUGUCCUUCAGGCCGAUUGUCGUACCUGCCGGGGUCGAGCUCAAGAUAAAGGCGAACAGCAAUGCCCGCAGUACAGCUUACGUCUCCUUCGAUGGUCGCAAUCAGCAAGAGCUGCGUGUCGGUGACAGUUUGAAGGUAACCACCUCUAUAUACCCGGUGCCUAGCAUUUGCGCAGCCGACCAAAUCACCGACUGGUUCGAUUCCUUAGCCGAAUGCCUUCACUGGAACGUCAGAAAACGGCAGAAGCAUUUGGACGAGUUAAGUGACCUCGCGCAUUCAUCCAGCAACGAUACUUUAGACUCCCUCGAUCGAGAUAGUUAGGCCAAGGGGGAUCGUCCUUAUUUAUAGACUGUAACACAAUCGACAAUAUUUGACCAGAUAGAACUCGGCUGAGAAAUUGAGUAAUUAAAGUCGGUUAUUCGACUUUUCUAAAUAAUCUCGCCUUUAUCGAAACUUUUCUAACGAAAAUCUUUCUAGUAGCACAAUUUGCUUCAAUUUUGGUCCAAUAUUUUUUUGCACCGAUGUGUUUACAUUGAGGAUACAUUGGGCCAAUAAAUUUGCCAAUAUUGUGCUAUUAAGGUUUGUUAAAUAUGCAGUGGAAGCAAAACCAGUAAAAAAUUGAUUGGUUGGUCAGUAAAGAUGUGCUCUAAGAUUAUCCUAAGAAACAUCUGUAGCCGGCUGAAGAUGGUUAUUACGUAAUUUUUGAAUUACAAAAACAAGCGUGGAUUACGAUUGUAAAAAGAAUCUUAAUUCUUAAUAAUAAAAUGCAUUUGUCUUCGGAGAGAAUACAUGUUAACAGGAAAACAUAUUGUUUAAUUCAGUUGAUCAUGAAGAAAUGAUGCACUAUUAAUAAUCUGAACGCGCGCGUAUACAACGUAUUUAUUAAUAAUUGUGUUUUGGUCCGUAAAUUUACCCAUCGAUUUAAUUGAAUAUUUAAGGAUUCUUUUUUGUACCUUAUCGCUAUCGCAUUGUACUUGUACAGAUUUUAUUUUUAUUUUCUAGUUUUUUAAGUUGAUAUGGUUCAAACAUGAAAUAACCAUAUUUUUGCUUUUUUACUUAUUAUAACGCUAUCGAUCUGAUGUAUAAAUCGAUUUGUUAUGAAUGUUGAAUUUUCCUAAAAAAAAAAAAAAAAAAACUUUUUAAUAAAAAUAUGUUUAAUAAAAUA